AUGACACCAUUUCAAGCUUUGUAUGGAUAUGAACCACCUUCUGUUAAAAUCUAUCUUCCAGGGUCUACAUCAGUUGCUAAUGUGGACCAAGACUUGAGGAAUAGGGAUGAGUUGUUGACAGUACUCAAGAAGAACCUGGAAAAAGCUCAAUCUAGAAUGAAGAAGUAUUAUGAUUUGAAACACACUGAAAGGAAGUUUGAAGUAGGCGACUUGGUUUAUUUGAAGCUCCAACCUUAUAGGCAGCAGUCAGCCCACAAAAGGGUGUUCCACAAACUCUCUGCCAAAUAUUUUGGUCCCUUUGAAGUUCUGGAAAAGGUGGGAAGUGUAGCUUACAAGCUCAAACUUCCAGCUUAUGCAAAGAUACAUGAUGUUUUUCAUGUCUCUUUGUUAAGGAAGAAACUGGGCGCUAAUGUGACAGCAGAGGCACAUCUUCCCCAUCUGUCUGAAGCUGGAACUGUGAAAUGGGAACCUGAGGCAGUGCUGCAAACAAGAUUGGUGAAGAGGAGAGGUGAGGCAGCUGCACAGUGGUUAAUUAAAUGGAUGGGAGCUGAAGCCGAGGAUGCUACUUGGGAGUUUGCAGAUCACAUCACCCGCAGAUUUCCGGAGUUCAAGCAUUGA